AUGACGGUGAAAUUUUCUAUCUGUAUCAGCGAUGAUUCUACUCCGGACGCUCUCCACAGCGGUGACUCUACUCCGGACGGUCCAGGCAGCGGUGACCCUACUCCGGACGGUCAAGGCAGCGGUGACCCUACUCCGGACGGUCCAGGCAGCGGUGACCCUACUCCGGACGCUCUCCACAGCGGUGACCCUACUCCGGACGGUCCAGGCAGCGGUGACCCUACUCCGGACGGUCCAGGCAGCGGUGACCCUACGCCGGACGGUCCGGGCAGCGGUGACCCUACUCCGGACGGUCAAGGCAGCGGUGACCCUACUCCGGACGGUCCAGGCAGCGGUGACCCUACUCCGGACGCUCUCCACAGCGGUGACCCUACUCCGGACGGUCCAGGCAGCGGUGACCCUACUCCGGGCGGUCCAGGCAGCGGUGACCCUACUCCGGACGCUCUCCACAGCGGUGACCCUACUCCGGACGGUCCAGGCAGCGGUGACCCUACUCCGGACGGUCCAGGCAGCAGUGACCCUACGCCGGACGGUCCGGGCAGCGGUGACCCUACUCCGGACGGUCCAGGCAGCGGUGACCCUACUCCGGACGGUCCAGGCAGCGGUGACCCUACUCCGGACGGUCCAGGCAGCGGUGACUCUACUCCGGACGGUCCAGGCAGCGGUGACCUUACUCCGGACGGUCGGGCAGCGGUGACCCUACUCCGGACGGUCCAGGCAGACUGUACUCUGGAUGGAUGGGGAAGAUGUUGA